GUCAGUACCCGGAUGACAAUGGCGUUGAAUCACGUCAACGUCGCCGCCAUAUUGAUUGUGCCAACAGCAAACGGAGAGGAUAACUACAAAAUGUAUACCAACCGGUUUACAUUCCAAAUUAGUUCUCAUAGGAUUACCUUUAACGGUUAGUGCGUCCCUGCCAUGUGGUUUGCCCGACUGUUCUUCUCCAAGGGAGGCCCCUGCAUGAGGACGGACGGGAUCCACGGCAUCUUCACUCCUCUUCCCACAUCUUCCCACAUCUUGACUCGCAUCAGAGAGACUGUGGUUUAUCAGCCAUGGAUUCCCCAAGCCUCUCCUGCCAAGUCACUCCCGAGUAGGACGUCCCGCCAUCACCCUGAUAAUCUGAAGUUGAGGACAGGAAUGGCGUGGACAACGCCUCAUCAUGAUGACCGGAAGCACUGAUGUAGCCUGAUGCGGCCCAGUCUCACCCAGACCCUAGCUCCAGUCGCCCCCAGGAUUCGUCCCUGCAGGAUGAAACAACGGCAGAGGAAUCACUCCAGAAAUGGAUCGUCAUCACAGUUGUCUGAGUGGACAACCUUCCUCAAGGAGUUUUGCCAGGGAACGUGCGUCAUCCAGGUGUGUCCUGAACACACGGGAUGUGGUGAAAACUUUGGUGAGAUUAGGGAACACAAUAAGGUAUGCCUCGGAGCGGAGUGGGUGUAGAAUACUCCAAAUGUACUGUGUGAUGACACACGCUGGUGACGCACAUGUUGAGUUUGACCUGUUUGACGACAGGAAGCGUCGACCGGAGUCAUGACGCCGUGGCGUUGAAGCGAUGGGAGUCGUCCAUAUGCACCGCUGCAAUGCUAGGAAUGUGUGUUGAUAUACGUAGCGGCAUAUAUGCAAAUUAGGAAGGUCUGAAUGUUCCCACAGGAGUCACUGGGACCAUUUUUUGUGGGAUUACAGCACUCAAAAAAAAAAUGUUUAGCCUCAACAAAAAAAAUCAACGCAACAGUUUCCAUUAGUCUUUCUUAGUUAUGACAACUUAAUUUGAAAUUGCUUUGAACCAACAAACAAUAUUGCAUUGCACGAAAUAGCUUUUCCUCUUCACUCAAAGCUUAUUUUAAGUAAUGCUUACUGAAUAAUUGUUGUCAUAGGGACAAGUUUUUAAGUUCGUAACUCAAAAAAAUAUGUUGAGUCAACUGACUUAAUCAUUUUAUUCAAAGUAGUUUAAUUUGUUGUCUACUUAAUUAUAAUAACAAUGCACACAGCUUUUUAAGUAGCAGUAACUUUAAUAAUAGUAAUUUUUAAAAAACAAUGUUUUUCAGACCCAUGACUUUAGCACUGCCUCUCAGCCCAUCCAGGUCAGAAGAAAAGAAACAACUUUUGAAAAGCUUCAAAAGUAUAUUUCAGUUUUUUGCAGUAGCUGAGGUUAAGGGCAUAAAUUACACCCAUCAACAAGGCACAGCACCUUGGAAUGUCUCUCUCAACCAAACAUUUGGUUCCUUCCACAACAAUUGCUGUUCCCGAGUGUUCUGAUCCAGAGGUAGACCUGUCUCCAACAAUGGCGAUUUUCAUCAUGUGACUUUCAAGGCUGGUCUCGAACUCUUGGUUGUCCUUUAAAAGGAAAAGAAAAUGGAUUUAUUGUCUUUGAUGGUUUACAUUUGACCUUAAAUUUGUCUGUAAAUGUGUCUGUGGCACUUGGGUAACAGUUGCUGUAGGUAGCAGUUACACGGCUAAACUAGCUCAGGGGAAGAAUACAACUAACAUGUGGUUACAGUGCUAUACAAGCUAGCAGUCACAUCUUUAAACAAGCUAAGUUUUACUUAUCUCAAUGAAAGUCUACUCUGACUAAUUUAAAGCCAUCACUUCAGUAGAACAAAUAGAAAUACAUUUUUCUCACCAUGAAAUGUUGCUUCAGUCUCCUGCACCGUCUUGUCUUGUAGGAGAUGGAACUUAAAAUGGAAAGGUUAAUGUUGAGAAAAAGUAUGUUACCAAGCUAAUUUUAUUAAGUCAUGGCAACUUGAAUUUUGUUUUAAGCUUACCAACAAUAAAAUUUGAGUGUAUAUGACAUGCUAAAUUAAGUUCAUGUAAUAGCCAACAUUAUUAUUUGAACAUAACUUAAAAAAUAAAGUUAGCAACUUAGAAAGUUUAUCUAAAUCAAUGAAUUACAUUUUUUACAUUGCAUUUAUGUAUUAAAUCAAGUGGUGUCAAAAGAUACUCCGAAUUAUUUUUUAGAGUGAGUAUAUGCGCAAAUGCCGAAAAUAGUCCUAUCUAUGUUAAAGAAUCCUUCAAAAAAUUCCUAGAUCCAGACGGUGAUCCGGAUCACCCAAGAAAUGUCAUCAGUUUUUCCGUAUUCUAUUCCUGACCAUUCCUGAAAAUUUCAUCCAAAUCCAUUCAAAACUUUUCAAGUUAUUUUGAGCGCUGUGCUUACAUUUUGCGCUGCACUUGAUGAAGGUAUUUUACCACAGUGACAUUUUGUUUAAAAAAAAAACAGCAAUGCGGUUAGUUUGGAGCUUGUUUUUGUCCCACCGGGUUGGUUAGUUUGGAGCUUGUUUUUGUCCCACUGGAAACACACAAGUGCGCACUAACAUUUUCAGGUGUCACUGAACAAUUUUGCUCCGUUGGUGCCAGUUAUAUAUAUUUAUUUUUCAUUAUUAUUUUUUCAUUAUUCAUAUAUUUACAUAAUUAUAUAUUCUCCUCAAAACACUAUUUGUGUGUGCUUGUUUCAUGAACAUAAACAUAUAAUCAGCUGAUUCUAAAACAAGCAUACAACUACAUACAAAUAAAGGCAAAAAAAAGACAAUCCACCCAAAAAAAAUUAUUUUGCAUACAAAAUCCAAAAAUAGGAUUUUCAUCAGAAAAAUAAAGGUAACGCAUUUGGUGAUUGCCUGUGAGCAAGCGUAUUUGAAGGAUGAAAAAAACAUCAAUAAUUUAUUGCUGCCAUCUACUGGAAUAAAUAUGGGUUCUGUUUUUGUGUUUUUUUAUAUGUUGUGGAAUAUGUAUUUCGGAUGUACUUCACGAUCAAUGGCGGUAAACUGAUCACUCAAGUUUGUUCGUGUUAUGCCGACUCGUGCCGUUUAUAACCGAAUUUAGCCGACCACUUCCGGAUGUACCCGAGCUGGGCCGAGCAGUAGCAGAAGCCGCCACUAGAGGCUUUUCCGCCGGCUGUCGGCACGGCUUGUUGUGUUUUGGUUAGCUAAUCUGGCGGCUCUGUUGUAGCAGUAAUGGCUCACCCGUAAGGCUGGGGGGAGUUUAUAUUUGCUGUAAAAACACCGGGCCACGGCUGUGCGGCCAUGGCGGGGGUCUUCGACAUCGACUUGGACCAACCGGAUGAAAAUGUGUCCGAUGACGAGCUUGAAGAUGCGGUCCAGUUCAGUGAAUAUAUGGACCAGUGCAGUGGCUUUGAUUUUAACAUGGAUGACUGUGAGAAGUUUGAAAUUUCAGAGAACAGCGUGAACAAGGGAACUGAGCAGAUUAGGCCUGAAUGCUUUGAGCUGCUGAAGGUUUUGGGAAAGGGUGGCUAUGGAAAGGUUUUUCAGGUUCGGAAGGUAUCAGGAACCACCUCCGGGAAGAUAUUUGCCAUGAAAGUUUUGAAGAAGGCCAUGAUUGUACGUAACGCCAAGGACACAGCACACACCAAAGCCGAGAGGAACAUUCUGGAGGAAGUGAAGCAUCCAUUUAUAGUGGAUCUCAUCUACGCCUUUCAGACGGGAGGGAAGUUGUACCUUAUUCUGGAGUAUCUCAGCGGUGGAGAACUCUUUAUGCAACUGGAAAGAGAGGGCAUCUUUAUGGAGGACACGGCAUGUUUUUACUUGGCGGAGAUUUCAAUGGCCCUGGGACACUUGCACCAAAAAGGCAUCAUCUACAGAGACCUGAAGCCUGAAAACAUCAUGCUCAACAAUAACGGACAUGUGAAGCUGACAGACUUCGGCCUCUGCAAAGAGUCCAUCCACGACGGGACGGUCACGCACACCUUCUGCGGUACCAUCGAGUACAUGGCUCCGGAGAUCCUAAUGAGGAGCGGGCACAACCGGGCGGUGGACUGGUGGAGUCUGGGGGCCCUCAUGUACGACAUGCUGACAGGAGCACCGCCUUUCACAGGUGAAAAUCGAAAGAAGACCAUUGACAAAAUUCUGAAAUGCAAACUCAGCCUUCCGCCCUACCUGACACAAGAGGCGAGGGACCUCCUCAAAAAGCUUUUGAAGCGAAACGCCUCCAUGCGACUCGGGGCGGUGCCAAGUGAUGCUGCUGAAGUCCAGGCCCACCCGUUCUUUCGCCACAUCAACUGGGAGGAGCUCUUGGCUCGCAGAGUCGAACCUCCUUUCAAACCUUUCCUGCAAUCGGCCGAUGACGUCAGCCAGUUUGACUCCAAGUUCACCAGCCAGACUCCAGUGGACAGCCCGGACGACUCCACGCUGAGCGAGAGCGCCAAUCAAGUCUUCCUGGGUUUCACAUAUGUGGCUCCGUCGGUGCUGGAGAACGUCAAGGAAAAGUUCUCCUUUGAGCCAAAGGUCCGCUCACCUCGCAAGUUCACAGGAAGCCCGAGGACACCCGUGAGCCCGGUAAAGUUCGCAGCGGGAGAUUGUUGGCCCCGGGGCCCCACGCUGGCCGGCAGCUCAUCCCUGCUGUCGCCCGGCAUCUCUGCCGAGCAACCCAUGGAGGUGUCGACAAUGGAGCAAAUGGACACAAGCGGCGGCGCCACGCCGGAAGCCUCGGCGCCGCUCCCCAUCAGGCAGCCGUCAGGCAUGAGUGCCGGACUGUACAAAAAGCAAGUCUACCCGAUGAACUCCAAGCGGCCGGAACACCUCCGGAUAAAUCUAUGACGCUCGGCUUUUUCUUCUCAACACCUUCAUCACUUCCUGGAUCCUUAGAUAAAUACGGUAGUACUUCCCCGCCAUUUGCCAGGGGUCGGCUUCAAACCAAACAUCUACCUCACAACCAAAAAUAACACAUGGAACGGCACCAACAAUACUAUUUUAUACUGAUUUACGUACCGCAAGGCAUGCUGGGAGGACCGUGUGCACACUUCUCCAACAGAACAGAAUCCUGCAAGCCAUAAUUUAGUCACAUUUUUUAAUGUUUUAUUAUAUAUAAUUAAUUUAGGACAAGACAAUGCUGUUUUGUACUAAAUUAUAUAUUUUUUAGUACAGUGCAUUUGAGAUAUAUAUAAUUUUUUUUUAGAAUCGAUACAAUUUUUUAUAUAAAAUUAUGCCUUGCAGGUUAUAAUUUUGUAUAAAAUUUGAAUAUAAAUGAUAAGCAAUACCAUAAGUAUUAAAAUAAAAAAUAAUUUAGUAUACAAAUACAAUGCUAUUUUAUACUAAAUUUUAUUUUAUUUUAUAAACACAAAUAAUGUAAAUAUAUAUGAAAUUUGGGGGUGGCAUGGCGGUUGAGUGGUUAGCGUGCAGAGACCAGGGUUCAAUUCCACCCUCGGCCAUCUCUGUGUGGAGUUUGCAUGUUCUCCCCGUGCAUGCGUGGGUUUUCCGGGUUUCCUCCCACAUUCCAAAAAAAACAUGCUAGGUUAAUUAGCGACUCCAAAUUGUCCAUAGGUAUGAAUGUGAGUGUGAAUGGUUGUUUGUCUAUAUAUGCCCUGUGAUUGGUGGACCCCGCCUCUGGUCGCCUCUCCCGCGACCCUCGUGAGGAAAAAGCGGUAGAAAAUGAAUGAAUGAAUGUAUAUGUAAUUUGGCAUAAAAUAGCAACAUACUAAACAUUGUGCAUACCUUGCGGGUUGUAAAUCUGUAUAAAAUGGCAUUUAUUUGCGUCCAUGUGGGACAGUUACAAUGUGUCAUGUUUGGUUGCACAGCCAGUGAAGUAGGUACGUUUGGUUUGCCACAAAGAAAGAAAAAAAAAUGAUGCUUUGAUCAGAAAUCUACAGGUUACCAAUGCUGAAUCUCGGGUCAGCGGGGGAUCCACCGUUGCUGUCCAAGUCGAUCACCAGCUCUGUCAUCUGAGGAAAUCCACUGAGGUGCUUCAGGCUGCGUUUUAAUGGUGCUCUUCUUUUCUCAAGUUCAGACUUUUUUUUUUAUAUGUAUGUGAAAAACCAUAACCUCACAAAACCCACAAGUUUUAUUUGUGACGAGUCCCAGUGAACACACCACGGAGGAGUGUACCACCAUAGCAAAAACAACCGUGUUUAGUUUAUUUUUUGUUGAAUGUAAAAAAAAAACGUAAUGCCUUAGAGGGUUGAGACCUGUUAUGUUUUAAACAGGAUGUACCUGACCUGAACGCUCCGUUAGUGUCCAAGCCUCUGGAUUGAAGCCAUUUGAGCCAGCAUAUUGCCCCCAGAAUCUCUCUUGGUGAAAUCCCCCCCACUGAACAGUCAUAGAGGUUGCAUAGGAUGGAUCAGUGUUGAAUAGAUUUUGCUCCGAGGCAUUACAACAGACUCAACUGUGAAUUAGUUAUGUAUUCCAUGUUAGCAUAUUUAUUUAAGGGCCAUUGUGUUCAUGAACGGCUCACACUAUGCAAGCUAGGUAUUUAUUGUGUAGUCUUAAGGCGAAUAGAGUCAUGGAAAAUGAUGAUUUACACUAAGGUCGUACAGCAAACGCAGAUGCAGCAUCAGUGAAUGAUGUGUCUGUUACUGUGAUAUAAUUUUUAGGGCUUUUU